AUGGGCUCCGACGCAGGCUCAGAGCAUGAGGCAGGUUACGGGGCUACCGAUGUCGAGGAACGACCGAGGGCCGAUUCCCCCGCUGGGGAGCUGCCAGAACUCGCCGCCGGUGCUCUGCCUGUACCUCCAGUCGACAGACUGCAUGGCGGACUGCACCGCGGCCUGUCAGCAAGACAGGUCUCGAUGAUAGCGAUCGCGGGGACCAUUGGCACGGGGCUGUUUCUUGGAACGGGAAAGUCGCUGGCGGAGGGGGGUCCAGCCAGUAUGCUCAUUUGUUAUGCAAUAGUGGGUGUGAUAGUAUAUGUUACCCUACUCUUGCUCGGAGAGAUGGCGACGCAAUAUCCAGUAGCUGGCUCCUUCAACGCAUAUGCAACACGUUUCUUCUCGCCUGGCUAUGGCUUUGCAUUAUCAUGGAAUUACUGGUUCAACGACGCAGUAUCCGUCGCCUCAGACCUCACCGCUGCUCAACUCGUCCUGCAAUUCUGGACGACCUGGCACCCAUGGGUCAUCAGCCUCGUUUUCUGGGUCUUCCUUGUCGGCAUUAAUGCAGCACACGUUCGAGCGUACGGCGAGCUGGAAUACUGGCUGUCCUUCCUGAAGGUCUUCACGAUCGUCUUAUUCAUCAUCCUCGGCAUCUUGGUCAAUGUCGGCGUGAACCGAGAACAUGAGUACAUCGGCGGGCGGUACUGGCACAUUCCAGGCGCCCCCUUCGUAGGCGGCUUUGGUGGCUUCGCCAGGGUCUUCGUUACCGCCAGCUUUGCCUUCGGUGGUACGGAGAGCCUGGGAGUCACCGCAGGUGAGACAAAGAACCCGUCGAGAAACAUGCCGCGGGUGGUCAAAUUCGUGUUCUGGAGGAUCCUCCUUUUCUAUAUCCUGAGCAUUGCUCUGAUCGGGCUGAACGUUCCGUGGAAUUACCCCGGACUGUCUAAUAGGAGCACGACGACAUCUCCAUUUACAUUAGUCUUCAAGGAGGUGGGAUCGAAUGUGGCGGGCUCGUUCAUGAACACGGUAAUCCUCACGUCCGUGCUCUCCGCGGGGAACCACGCGCUCUUCGCUGGCACGCGCGUGUUGUACGGUCUGUCGACGACGUCGCCGCGGCAGGCGCCGUCCAUCUUCUCGGUGACGACCCCAGGCGGAGUGCCCCUCGCGGCUCUCAUCGCCACAAGCAGCGUCAGCGUGCUCUGCUUCGGCUCUAGCUUCAUCGGCAGCGGCGCCCUCUGGGGCUGGCUGCAGAACAUCGUCGGUGUGUCAAACCAGAUUGCUUGGCUAUCGAUCGGUAUCGCGAGCUGGCGGUUCCGGAGAGCGUGGGUGCGGCAGGGGCGAUCGCUCGAGGAGAUGAAAUUUCGCGCGGCGUGGACGUGGCCGUGGGGUCCGCCCUUCGUAGUAGUCUCCGUGCCGAUAUUGAUUCUCAUCCAAGGCUGGUCCUCCGUCAUUCCGCGCUUCUCGGCGGUCGAUUUCGUCUCGUUCUACAUCGAGAUUCCGGUGAUGGCCCUGAUGUACGCCGGAUGGCUAAUCGUUCGGCGCCAGCCAAAGCCUGCAGGACAAGUGGGCGAGCAGCGAUCGCUGCUCCCUGCUGGCUGCAUUGGCCCGCGGCGGAGUUUCCGCUGGCACGACCUCGUCGACAUCCAAACAAUCGACCUGAAACGGGACGAGUACGAGGAGGCGGAGGCAGACAGGGUCGAUGACGCACAAAGACAAAAGAGGCUAGAGGGCCGGGUGGGCUCGCUGUGGCGUCUGUACUACUGGGUCGUAUGA